ACCAUCGACUCUCACUCCUCUUAUUUGGGUUGGCACCUUCGUCAUUUAUCAACUGUUACCUCCCACCUCAACCGGGAUCUCUAGCUUCUAUCUGUACAAGAACUCGUCCAAAAAAAGUCUCUUACAUUUCAAGAUACAUUCAGAUACCCCUUUACUCCCUUUCCAAAUAGACCUCGGCCAAGGGGGGAAAAGCAUUUUACACUUGUACGAUCAUCCGUGGUUGCACCCGGGUUACCCUUCUUUUACCUCUUCAAUUGUUUGUCUCACGUUGAGACAACGUCAUGGAAUGCUUGAGAAACAAGUUUCAAAAUGGCGUUGUGCUCGAUGGGAGAUUUCAAACUAUCUCUCCUCUUAAUCAUGGAUCCUUUGGAAUGGUCUUCAUGGCAAGGGACUUGAAAACCAACGAGCUUGUUGCUAUCAAGUGCUUGACCAAAAAGGCAGCUGCCAACGAAACCGGUAUCGAAUUCGCUAUAGACGAGAGGUCCGAGGAGCUCCUCUGCCACCGUCGUCUGGGCCGGCAUCCGAACAUUGUCAACUUGGUUCACUCCUUCGAAACCGAUGCUCACGUGUACCUGGUCCUCGAAUACUGCUCACAGGGAGAUCUCUACGAAGCUAUUCGUACCGGAUACGGCCCCUUGGAAACCGAACAUGUUCGCCGCUUUAUGCUUCAGUUGGUCGAUGCCGUUUCUUACAUGCAUUCGAAGGGCAUCUACCACCGAGACAUCAAACCUGAGAACAUUUUCCUCAACGAAUCUGGUUCCAUGAAGCUUGGUGACUUUGGCUUGGCCACUACGGAUAGAUGGAGCUUUGAGACAACUGUUGGUAGCGACAGGUAUAUGUCACCUGAGCAGUAUGAUUCAGCAGGAGCUGGAUACUCGCCUGCUCAGGCCGAUAUCUGGGCAAUUGGUAUCUGUCUUCUUAACAUUCUCUUCUCUCGAAACCCAUUUACCACGCCGACCGAGGCCGAUCCCUUAUUCCUGGACUUUUCACGUGACAAGCAAUCACUUUUCGAUGUCUUCCCUACCAUGUCUCAAGAUACCUACGAGGUGAUUGUUCAGUGCAUGAACUUGGACCCGAAGAAGCGAUCUCUGGUUGGUGCUAGGAACGCCCUCCGUCGCGUCGUUAGCUUCACCACUCUCGAAGAGGCACUUGACGAUUUCUGCACAGCCGAGCGUGCGUCCGUGGCCACUGCUAACCGCGAGCCAUUGCGUACUCCCUCGCUCCAGAGUCCCCAGAUCGAUCAGGGCACCUUCCCGUGGGCCAAGGCUUUGCACGCGACCCCGCCACAGGCCAUUCGCCAGCUCAGUGCUAUUCCCGACAACGAGAGCUACACUGAGGAUCUGUUCUCCAAGUCGGAGGGCACCGAUUGGCUGUCGGGUUCUGUUCAGACGCCUUCAAUUUCUUCUGUCCUGACCUCCAACCUCGCAACUUCUAUGAAUUCCCUUGGCAUUUCGAAGCCUAUGGAUAUGCCUACGCGCACUACUAAGGUCUCCCCAAUGGCUGGGUCUCUACCCAUCACCAUGUCUAAACCAAGACCCACUCUGAGCGCUAUGUCCAUGGUGUUCGGUCGCCAGAAGGAUGCUGUGUCUAAGAGCUGGAGUGACAUGUGGGAUGAGGACGUUGAGGAAGACGAAGAGGAGCGUACUCGUCAAUUGCAGGCAUUUAAGGAGCUGAACUCGAGGACCUGGAGUCAGGAGAGCAAGGAGGCUACCCGAACCCCACAGCAGGAUCAGGCAUCCCUGCACCAGGCGCCAGCGUCUGAUAAUGAGAAGCCAGAGGCUUCGCCUGUUAACGACACCAUUUCAAACGAUAUUGAUGGAGACCUGGUUGCGGAUGGAUUUUUCUUUCACGAGCCCGUCGCUGUUGAACAGCCUGAGCAAUUCCCUGUUCGCUAUUCGCCGCCGAAGCCUAACAACCUUGACAAAUGGGCGGCGUUAGGGGAACGUCGCCGGGCCUAUACCGGAGCGUCGGAGCCAAAGUCACCGGAUUUCUCAACGAAGUCUCGACGACAGUUCGGAAUCGGAUUUAAUAAUUUACAAGGAGUAGGGAUGGGAUUUUGGGACCACGCCAAUCAGUAUAACCAUAAGUGGAAUCGGGAUCGGGAUCGCACCACAUCACGCGAAUGCCCAUGGAAUAAGGGCCGAGACUGGAACUGGCGUAAGGAGAGACGCCACGAGUUCAGUGACGUCGAGUGGGUUGGCCAUUGGCAGGAGGCUCAUUGAGCUUUUUUCUUCUUUUUAACUCCUUGCCGGUGUUGCCACUUGUAGUUGUGCUCAUCUUUCCACAACCGCACGGGAUUUUGCACUCA